AUGCAACAGGGCGUACGCCUUAGACGCACUUUCGUUGACCAAGUAUUUAGCCAAGGUGAAAGAAGACGAAUGAGAAGACGAACCCGAGUAGUUAAGUGGGUGACCCCACACGAUCUUGAUGAACCUCAUGCUGGUCCAGAGUUUAUGUAUGGUGCAAGCUUUAACACAGUUCUUCCCCUCUCCGCAUUGAUCUCCUCUUUCCACUCGUACCAACCUAUAUUCGAAACUUUGUCCUCAUUCAAUACCGACAGCAUGCCCCAAGGCCAACUCACCGAGAUCUUCGACUCCGGUAGCGAGAGUCAAACCAAUACCGACCUUCAUCUCAACAAGGCGGUCUACUGUUAUCGCAAGAGAGUUCUCAUCAUUCCUAUGAGAUUCAGACUCGUUGAGCAUGAUCCAGUCUUCAAAAAGAUCGCCGGCGACCUGGCAGUAUUCCAGGAUGUGAUCUGCCUCACAGCGAACCACGGUGACUUGGUUGAGAAGAUCGUCAAGAAUCUCCAUUGCCGCCUCACCAGAAAGUGCCCCAAACGUCCUCAUUGGUACUUCCCGUGGCGUAAGCGCCAGGACCUUGAUAUCGACUUCAGGAUCUUCGUUACCUACCAACUUGGUUUGUCGCCCAAGACAUACAACACCAACGAGGUCAAUGAGGCAAACUGGCCGGAUCUUGUCACUCUGUUCAAUCGUCUUCAACCAGGAGAGGCAGUGCUCAGUGUCGACUGGUGGAUCAAGGGCGAGGGUAUUCAUGACAGCGUAGACACUUGGAAGGACGCUAGCUCCUGA